UCUUGUUGACACAGGACAACGUUCAGACACUCGGACUACAAACAGGUCGCCUGUUUCAGCAACAAUACCAAACAUAAGGGUUCCUCAGAACUGUUUUCAGAGUCUUCACCUCCUGGUCUAUGAUCCAGAUGGAGAUGAUGUGAGAUGCAAGUGCCAAUCUUGCCAUCAACACCCAAACAUACAUCUCGAUGAGGACUCGUGCACUUUGAGUAGUAAUGGCACACUGGACCUGAGACUGCAUGUUUUUGAGUUCACGCUGGAGGAUUAUCCUGCAUCAAACAUCACUUUGAUGAAUGGCGAUGGGAUCUCUUUCAGAAAUCCUUAUAAUCAGACUGCCAGCGCUAACCCAGCUCCACUCAGUCAAGUGCCUCUGCAGUUUGGAGUAGAAAUCCAAACACCAGUCCACAGUUGUGAACCAGGGGUGAACAGGCCAAGUUUUCUGACACCAACUCCCUUACAUGGAGAUGUUCAACAUGCAGCUGUGGGACGUGUUCACACUAUCACUAUACGUGCCCAGAAUUUGGGCCACAGUACAUUUGAUUUCCAGGUCAGUGGACCAUGGAAUAUGUCAAAGACCUUGAGAAAUGCAAGUCAAGGAAUUGCUGAGGCAACGCUGACCUGGACACCACAAGAAUCUGACCUGCACCAUCAUGUACCCGUGUGUUUCGCUGCAGAGACACUUCAGAGUCAGUCAGAAAUGAGGUGCAUCGUGAUUGUUGUGGCAAAAUUGAGGGUUCUCUCAGGUGAAGCAGAGGUCUUCUGUGAGGAUAAUAGUAUCAGCAUUGCAGUAAGCAAAGCCUCUAUGAAGGGGAUUGAUCAAAACUGGCUCCAACUGAGAGAUCCCACCUGCUCUCUUACUUACAAUGACACCCAUAUCCUGGGCACUGUGUCCCUCAACACCUGUGGUACCAGGAUGGAGGACACAGGAGACUUCUUGGUCUUCAAAAAUGAGAUCAAUUCUUUUGAGGACCUUAAUAAAGUAAUCACCAGACGCAGUCAAGUUAAAAUAGGCUUCUCCUGCCAGUACCCCAAAGUGGCCAGUGUUUCUAACCACUACAUCAACAAGAAGUCUGACUACAUCUUCACUGAAUCCAGCUUUGGCACUUUUAGUUACUCGUUUGAUAUUUUUACUAACAAUAACUUCAGCAGUCGGGUAGAUCCCAGUCUGUAUCCACUGGAGAUAAAAUUGAUGGAUAUGCUCUACAUGGGUAUUGCAGCUCAUUCUGCUCUCCCUGAGGUCCGGCUCUUUGUGGAGUAUUGCAGAGCCACUCCAGAUGACAACCCAUACAGUGCCCUAUUUUAUGACAUCAUUAAAGAAGGGUGUAUUAUGGAUGACACAGUUGAGGUUUAUCAAAGUGAUUCAAGAACGUAUGACUUUGGGAUCCACGCUUUCAAGUUCACAGGCGGCUACAAUGAGGUGUACAUUACCUGUUCUGUGAUUCUGUGUGCGGAAGGAAGUUCAAACUCAAGAUGCGCCCAAGGCUGCCUCAGAGAACCCGCACACAAACGCAGACGAGACGUGAGCAAAGAAACCGCCAGGCAUUACAUCAAGCAGGGUCCCUUCCGUGUGGUGAGACAAACUCAGCAUUCAGCAGCAGCUUCAGAAAAUGGUGAUUCUCUUCAUGUCAGUGCAGGCACCGGGGUCUUCGCGGGACUCUUCAUAAUCUCCAUUGUGGUGCUGGUGGGAUUGUUGGUGUAUAAAGCCAAAAAAACAAGAGCACCUGAUCGCAUGUAUCUGAUGUCCAACUUCUAA